AUGGUAAACCGCAAUCACAUGGAUGAUCAGCUUGAAAUUCAUCUUGUUGUUUUGAAGAAUAAGAUGGGGAAGAAGAAACAAAACAAGUCAUAUGUCAGGUGGGUGCCACAAAACCCAGAAAAAUUUCAACAUUCCGAUAAGAAAACCCUAAUCGUGAUAUCUUCUUCUCUAAAACACAAUGGUGCUGUGGCGUAUACGUGCAAAUAUGGAGGAAAUCGAUGUUGGACGUCGUUACUGGGGCAUCCGACAAUCUUUUCCAUUAGGUUAUACCAUGGUGGAGAGUUCACCAAAUUUCCUGGAAGAAAGUACAUCAAAGGAAAACAAACGUAUAUAGACUUACUCGACAUGGAUACUUUCUCAGUGCAUGACAUUGAUGAAAUGAUGGAACAGUUAGGUUAUGUUGAUGAAGGUAUACCUUUGUACUAUCACUUUAAACGACCUUUUUCAGAUUUAGAUUUCGGGUUAUUUGCUUUGGGUAGUGAUCAGGAUGUGAGACAUCUGGGUACCUUCAUUUCCAAGCAUAAGUUGAUUGAAGUCUAUAUUGAGCAUGGAAAAACCCAAUUACAUACGUACACAAUGUCCCCAAAUCAAGCAAAAGUUCAAAUAAAGGAAAUUAUUGAACCUCCAUCAUGUUCUCGUAGGCUUUUCUUAGAUUGGUAUGAUACUGGGGAGACAAAUGUUGUUGGGGAUGCUUCUAAAGAGGCUAAUGUAAUGGACGUCACUGGAGAUGACAAUAUGGACAUAACUGAUAAUGGGGAUAAUAACAAGAAAGGAAAUCCAUGCGUUGAAGUUGAAAUUGGGGACAAAUUUGAGCACACGAAUGAAGUUGAAUUUAGGGAUGGUAACAAGGGUGGAGAAGAUCCAUGGUCUGAAUUUGAAAGUGGGGAGAUGUUUGAGGACAUAAACGAAGAAGAAUUUGGAAGUGGGGACAACUUUGACGAUGAUAGUGGUUAUAAAUCUAGUGAGUCCGAUGAUAUAGACUUUUAUGUUGACAAUGACAACAUCUUAGAUGAUGUAGAAGUUGACAUGAAUGAUUUCAAUGAUAACAUUGAUAUGGAUGCAGAGUGGGUUGGAGGUAUGAAUGACAAUGUGGUACAAGAAGAGAAUGAAGUUGGAGAGCUUAAUGAAGUACUAAAUAACGAGGUACUUUUGUCAGGAUCAUCUUCGGAUGAAGGUCCAGUUGGUCAACGAAAGAAGACCAUCAAAGCUAUCCAACGAGCUCAUGAGAAUGAUGAAGCAAAUGUUGCUGAACCAUUUUAUAUCCUUCAAACCUUUAAUACAGCCCAAGAGUUUAAAGAAAGAGUUAAAGUCCAUGCUAUUGAGACAAGAAGGGAACUUGGUUUUGAAAAAAAUGACAAGAAUAGGGUAAGAGUUGUGUGUAGGGGGACAAUACCAAAACUGGGAAACUUAGACAAAAGUGGGGAAGGUCAACAAGAAGUCAACAAUGAAGAUGAAGAGAAGUGCCCGUGGAGCCUCUACGCUAGUAAAUGGAAACGUGAUACAAACUGGAUGGUCAAGUCUUACAACAAAGAACAUCGUUGUCUCCAAACUCGGAAUGUUAAAGCGUGUACUUAUAAGUUUCUUGCCAAAAAGAUUACAACUCAGGUGGAAUCUAACCCAACUAUUCCAAUUCGUGCUUUACAAGAACAACUGCAACGUGAUUACCAAGUGGGACUUUCCAAGAUGAAAGUGUUUAGGGCUAGAACUGAAGCUCUCAAUCAGGUGCGAGGGGAUUAUCGAGGUCAGUAUGCUCUAUUGAGAGACUAUGUUCAAGAACUUCAAAAACAUAACCCAGACACGACUGUAAAGAUUGAUGUAGAGCGUGAACCAAAUCCAAAUUCAGAAACUAGAACUUUCAAGCGCAUAUACAUCUGUCUUGGUCCUUUAAAAAAGGGAUUUGCUGCUGGAAGAAGAGACUUUCUUGGUCUCGAUGGUGCUUUUAUGAAGGGUCCAUACCCAGGACAAAUACUUUCAGCUGUGGGAAUUGAUGGUAGAGCUCAUACAGAUGCUAUGCUUAACAAUAUGUGUGAAUCUCUAAAUAGCAAGAUUGUUGAAGGUCGUGAUGUACCAAUCAUUACAUGUUUGGAGUACAUUAGAGAGUACUUAGUGAAGAAAAUUGUAACUGUGCAAAAGGAAAUUGAUAAAGCUGUAGGUCCCUUGACUCCUACAGCUACCAUAUGGGUUGAAAAACUGAAGAAAGAGGCUUCACAAUUAAGGUCUGUUUUUUGUGGGAAUGGGAAAUAUCAAGUCAGUAAAAAUCUUUUGGAACAGUUUGUGGUAGAUAUGGGCCAACAAACAUGUUCAUGUAGAAGGUGGGAACUAAUAGGGAUACCAUGUGCACAUGCAAUAGCAUGUAUGUGGGAGAUGUUGAAGAACAAAGAAAUUGAUAAGAUACCUGAACAUUGGGUCCAUCGAACGUAUUGGUUAGAAACAUGGAAGAAUAUGUAUUCUUUUACAAUUCACCCAAUCAAUGGAAGGAACAUGUGGGAGAAGUCUACAUGCCCUACAACCUUACUCCCUCCAAAACACCAUGUGCCCAUUGGAAGACCAAAGAAAAAGAGAAGGAGAUCUGCCAUGGAGGUUGAGGAUUUGGUGAAAGGUAACCAAUUGUCAAGAGCACAAAAAUCAGUGACAUGUUCUAAGUGUAACAAAAGUGGGCAUAAUGCAAGGACUUGCAAGGGACAGAAGGCUGGUGGUUCUCAAAGUUCAAGGAAUGUUGGUGGAUCACAAACUUCAAAGAUUGUUGGUGGUGCUGGUAGUGAAAAAGUGAAGGUUGGAAGUGAAAAAGUGAAGGCUGGUGGAUCACAAACUUCAAGGAAUGAUAGUGGUGCUGGAAGUGCGAAAGUGAAGGAUGGAAGUGCAAAAGUGAGGGCAAGUGUUAGCAAAAAAGGGAAAGGUGUCCCAUAAAUGUGGCUUUUAGGUGCUUAUGUAUUGUUUUGGUUGAUGUUGACAAACAUUGUCUUCUUUUGAACUAAUUUAUGUGUUGUGAUGGUUAUGUUAAUUGCUUUUGAAAAACAAUGGUGUAAUUAUAGUAUCCA